AUGUCUGAAGAACUGUUGCAAAGCCUGAACGCUAUUCGCGACCUUGUACGCUCAGAUUCAAUUCAAUGCGAGACGGAUGAGAUCAAAAAAUUCACCAUAGAGCUGCUUGAGCAAGCAAUUGACGAGAGUCUCGAUAUUACCACGGCAAGUUCCCGCGACUUCACUGCGCGUUUUCUAGACGAGCAGGAUGAUGCAAACAAGGAACCGGCAAAACAAGCGGUUACGCUGUUCCAAGCAAUACAGCGCCUGCAGGCAAUCGUGAUAGAGUUGGAACAAAUCGGACCAUUAUUGAACCAUGGGUUGCGCUCGGCCAACGACAUUGCGUGGAAGGCUAUCGACAGCUUGCGGGAGGAGUGUCCCGAGAUCAACGUCGAAACAUUGAGGAGAAUCAAGGAUCAGGCCCUUGUGAUAGCUACCCGGAAUGAACAAGCGUGGAUCGCUUUACUCAGAACUCGCUUCGAGACACUGACACCUGCUUCUGCGGUAGAGGGCAUCGGUGGUUCCUCCCCGCCAACUUCUUCCAUUAGUAUGGAGACGCUUUUCAAAGAAGUUAACGCCGCAGGGUGCGAACACUGCUGUUCUGUACUAAGCCCGUCAGCGUACUUUGUCGACUUGCUUCGCAUGCUAAGUAAGCUCAAGGCUACCGAUGAUCAGACUCUUCAACAGAAAUUCUUCCAGCGCCGUGCCGACCUGAAAGACCUCGAGCUAUCAUGUUUCAACACAACAAAUCUGGUACAAUAUAUCGAUUUAGUCCACGAAGUUCUUCAAUCAUUCUCAGUGAAGCUUGCCGGCACAAAUAGCCAUGCUGAUGUUGCUGACAAAGGGGAUGUUUACUUCGAUCAAGACCUCCAUAUGGAAGUUUUCCGCAAUGCUGUAUUUCCAGUGGCAAGCUUUCCAUACAAUUUCGCAACCAGCAGUAUCGAUCACUACCUCGGUACACUUGGAACUUCGACGCUGGACGUAAUGAAAACUUUCGGAUCUGGAUACAGGAUAUUUCAGGCGAAAGACGUGCAUAAACAAGCAGUAGAGGCGGCGAUAAGAGCAGCAGCCGAGGGAAAUCCACCACCUGAAUCCCGUGCAGAUUGCCAGAAAAUAGAUGGGCUCUCGAGACUGAACGAUUCAGUAAUGCAGCGCGCACUAUCAGCCCAAUCACUUGGACUGGUACAAGAAGAGUACGUGGUUCUGACAGGGGAGGCUUACUUUAGUAAACCUGCUCUCGAAGCCUAUCGCAGCCCAAUGAGAACCGAAGACUAUAAUUCGGCGAUUGGUCUUCGCUCCGUUGGAGAGCUCUGGGGCUACAACAGCGAUGCUGAAAUGUUGUCCGACAACGAGAACGAUAAAGCCGGCUUGACCUUUGUACAAGCACAGCUUCUUCCACGGUGCGGACUGUCUCUGGAUGAGCUUGUUGAAGUGCUGCAGACACAGUAUAUGGGUCGUCGACUGCUGCUUACACCUGCCAAUGCUGCAGCUAAAUUCUCAAAAAGGCCAGAAGUGUUGCGGCUACGCUCAGUACCAGAUGCCAGCAAUACCUCCAAUUCGCUCAACGUGCUUGUCUGUCGUGAUUUGCUGUCGUUUGUAAGGCUCCUCCGGAAGCUGAACUGGAGCAUCUCUGUUUUAGACGCCACAUUGAGCUGUCUCUGGAGAGACCAAACCGGUGGCAUUACACAAGGGGAGAAGCACAUAAUCGCUCCACGGUUACAUCAGAGUGUUACUCCAGAUGUUAUCGAGAAUAUCAUGGCAAUUCGUGAAAUUUCAAAGGCCACGGGCAUCGAUAUUCAGCAAUUGCUCACUCUGUGGGGUGUGAUGGACAGCUUUGGCCCUAAAUCACUUUUUGCAAUCCUCUUUAUACAGGAGGCGCCUACGAGUGUACUCGAAGUCUUCGGCCCAAACAAUGACGGCGACUACCUUAGAGAAUCUCGUACUGUGGGAGACGCAUUUGUUGGGCUAGCCCGAGCUAUGUCUUUGUCUCGAUCGGAGCUUGAAGAGCUGCUCAAGAACAUAGUCUGGGGUGAUGAGCGGCCGCCUGGACUAGAACAAGAGACUGUGCUUGACAUUACCACACUAUCGGCAAUCUAUCGUCAUUCUCUCUUGAAGAAGAUUUUGAAGACUACAUUUAGGAACCUGAGAUUGCUCUUGCAACAGCCUCCAUUCUCAGAGUUCUUUGAUAGUCCCAAAAGAACCCUAUAUAUCUUAUCACAGUGGAAUAACUUAGCCUCCCUUGGCUGGACAGCAAUCGAUGUUUUAUCUACUUGUCCUGCCCAGAAUCCUGGCGACAAAAGCAUUGAUGGAGAGAAGAAUAAAAUCCCUGGGAUUGUUGCCACCUUGUGUGCAGCUGCACCCUCGCAGGACAAUCCUUCCCCGAGCUCGACUUCACGGACUACUAUUCUGUCGGCUGUCCGCUUACAGCACCCGACUGCGACGGACACAAUUUUGAGCAUACUAAUUGAUGAUGUUCUCCGUUUCAAGAAUAGUGAGGACCAAUUUGUCACAGCACCACAGUAUCUCGACGAAACGCAAGAUAAAAUUGGUUCUCAAGGAUUCGAGGAAGGAUACAUUCUCUCGCCAAUCUCUGCAAGUUACUUUUUUGAGGCAUCUAGUGGCUCAGUUAUGCUUGACGACACUCCUAUUUUGUCUUCAGCCAUUGCCCUCGAGAAGGGUGAAGCUUACCUGCUAGGUUUUGGCCCUGCUCCUGUCCAACCAAAAGUAGCGGGGAGUCGCUGGAAGGUAAAGGCGAUAAAUCGUGACUUGAGAACGCUCAGUUGGCGGACAGCACACGAGGUACCUCUACCUCCUUUGACGUCUUUUAUAGCAGCGAAGAGCUCGGUGAUAAGACUCUUGGAAAUUGUCAAGAGUUUGAGCAUAGUGCUCCAACUUGUGUCAAAAUUUCAACUCCAAGACGACGAAUUACUAUAUUUCGAACAAUCCAAGGCGCUGGGUGUGGGUAUUACCCUUCAGAAUCCUAGCAUGGCAGAUCUCCAAAAAUUGUGCACGUAUUUUUCAAUGCGUCGAUCUGCUCGAGCCAUCUCAAAGAAUCCGAACCAGCUUCUGCGAUUCUUGCGUUGGUGCAAUGACGAAAAAUCGAAUGGUUUACUCUCUACACAAAUCUCCGAAUUGACGUCUUCUUCGGAUCAAACGGUUUCAGACAUCCUGGAUCACAAAUACCCUGAUGUUCCUGACGAGUUGCGCAAACGUCUUCUUCAAGAUAUGGAAGAGCUUGACGGCCUGCUAAAAAUUUGGUCAUUUUUCCCGCCGACCAAAUUGUCCCUCUUGGACGAGUCUUUACUAUUUGACAUUGCACAGCCACGAAUGCUAGACCAACACUCUGAAGACUUCAAACUUGCAACGGCUGUUCGAAAUGAUUUGAAGAAUAAGUUUGACACCUUCGGUAAAAACGUGCCCACUCCAUAUACUGCGGUCGUUCGGAAGGUCGUUGAAGAGUCCCGUGCAGCGAUGAUCCAGUAUUUAACGAACCAUCAGGAGAUGAAAAACAAGGCUUUCACCGAUGCGGACUCUUUGUUUGAGUUUUUCCUGAUCGAUGUCAGCAUGGGCCCAGGUCUCCAGACGUCGCGGAUCAAACAAGCAAUUUCGACAGUUCAUUUGUAUGUACAACGAUGUCUACUCGGACUUGAAGUAAAGAAUAAGGUGCCCAGUAAUGUUAUCAAUCGGAAAGACUGGGAAUGGAUGCGUAGCUACCAGACUUGGGAAGCCAAUCGCAAGGUUUUCCUCUACCCCGAGAACUGGCUCGAUCCGACCUUGCGAGACAAUAAAAGUGAGCUGUUCAAGGAUUUUGAAGCCAAAAUAAUGCAAACAAACCUCGACGAGGAGAACAUGAGUCAGCUUAUCAAAAAUUAUGUGUACGGAGUCAAUGAUCUAUCCGAUCUCGAAAUCCAAGCAUAUCUGUGGGAUACUCAGACGGCGGGGACGGGAGCCUUUCAUCUCUUUGCAAGAUCGCGAAGCACACCAUAUAUCUAUUAUUACCGGCGACUUUUGGUCAAGGCCUCGACGACACUUCCUAACAGCAACCGGGUCGAUCCUUCGACCAGACUGCUGCGCUGGACCGCUUGGCAGAAGAUGGACAUGGAGAUCCAAACGUACGAAUCGGAUGCAGAAGGCAAGACACUGUCCAAACCUGGCUCAUAUCUCAUCCCUGUUAUCCGACGUAAUAGACUUUUUCUCUUCAACCCUCAGAUUCUGCUCAAAACACGACCGAAUCCGGUCGUGCAAGGUUCGAAAAUCUCUGAGAUGGGCAACCUCAGCACAGGAAAUAGCAAACCUAUAAAAUUUUGGGAAGUUCGCAUGAGCUGGACUGAGCUUCGAAAUGAGCAGUGGUCACCGAAAAAGGUAUCUCAGGCAUGUCUAAAUAUUGAUCCGCUGCCACUUGAUAGUUUGCCUUCAGGUAAGGAUGAUGGCAACUCUUGGAAUAACAACAUCGACAUGGACGGAGACCGGUUGCCUUGCAUAGACAAUUUCAAAUUUUGGGUUCGCAGUUCAAAAGCAGACGGGAAUGCAGAUCAAAUGGCGACUGGUGUUGGCGAGAUGUUGGAUAUCGACAUGGAGUGUUCAUACCAGAUGCCUGGAUCUGUUGGAUACAAGAUCGGCGCUUUCAGUCUGGGUACGUUCAGGAUGCGAGAUUAUGACGUAACCACUAUUGCACCUGAGCAGCGUGCAUUAAGUUCAUGGAAUAGGAGUUCUGUUUGGUCCAAGAAAAACGAUCCAUAUUACCCGCCAGCUGUAACAACUCUCCGCACUCAAUUCUCCCAGGUUCGAAUUGCAAGGCCUACCACCUACACCGAGACCUAUCCUACCAAGUACACAGACACUAUCUACCAUCUUGGUAUAAAUAACUCAGCCCUACUUGGCCAAAUGCAGUGGGACUACGAGGCCCAAAAGUGGCAAUCGACUACUUGGACUAUAUCUUUCGAUGAUUCACAAGCCAAACGCCCGACUGGACUCGUUGCGGACAUGAUCAGUGCUUCCACAGGCAGCUUAAGAUAUAUCUUCCUUCCAGAUGAUGCCUCUCAACAAGAUAGCGACAGUGGUUCAGCCGUACAAAUCAUGAACAAAAUGGGCCCGUUCUUGAUGGAACGCGCUACAUCUACAAUAGGCACUUCGAGCCUUUACAGUGCCUUAAGUGGCCUGAGUGAUAAACCAGACAUCUCGACGGCCUUCGGUGGUAGCAAAGACCCCGUCUUCCAUGAAAUGGCUGCUCCAUAUAGUCUCUAUAAUUGGGAGUUGGGCUAUCACAUGGUAUCCUUACUGAUGGAAAGGCUGCUAGCAACACAGCAGCUUGAUUUAGCCUUACAUGUUGCACGCUAUGUGUUUGACCCAACUGUGGCGGGGGGAGAUGCAACCAAAUGCUGGCAGUUUGCACCCUUUAGAGAUCCGGCCCUGGUUGACAAAGAAACACCAACACAAGUGGUUGAAAAGAUGAUUCCAGCGGAAGGAUCAAAUUUUGAAGCUGCCGUAAGUGACUGGCGAGAAAGUCCAUUCUCGCCUCAUGUUGUCGCUCGAAAUUAUCCCAAGGCAUACAUGAAACGAAUGGUGAGGAAAUACAUCGAAAUUCUGAUCGCAAGUGGCGAUCAAUACUUCCGGCAAAGUACGCUCGAAAGCAUGCCACUGGCUAUUCAGCGCUAUAUUGAAGCAUCACAUCUAUUUGGGGCAAAACCAACAACUUUCAAUAGCCUCAGCAAAUCCAAACCUCGUACAUUUGGAAGCCUCACGCAAGCGCUAGAUUUCAACUCCUUCAACAAUACUGUGGUGGAUUUGGAACUGGACUUCCCUUUCAAGAGACUUCCAAAGUGGCGCGGUUACUCAGGCCCUAGGGUGGAUCCCUCAGUUACGGCGACUGGUCUGAUGGGCAUCUUGCAAACAGGGUACUUCUGCGUCCCGGCAAACCCGGAUCUAUCUCGUCUGCGUGGUUUGAUCGAUGACAGAUUGUACAAGAUUCGAAACUGUCAGGACAUCAAUGGCAAGGGCGUGAGUUUGAGGCUAUUUGAACCCGCUCUAGACCCUGGCGAUCUCAUACAGGCUCAAGCAGCAGGUCUUUCCAUCUCGUCUUUCCUUUCCGAGAGCGCAGCGCCAUCUCCAAAAUCAAGAUUCUUAUACCUGCUUGCAAAAGCGCUUGAAUUGUGUGCAGAACUCAAAGUCAUGGGCGACGAAUAUCUCAUGAUCAAGGAGAAAAAGGACGCAGAAGCCCUCAUGGCCUUGAGACAGUCACAAGACCUCUCUCUCACUACCCUAGCCUUGCAGAUGAAAACCCUGCAACGGGACGAGGCUUACAAAACAUUAGAGUCACUCGAGGAAACUCGCCGUGGACACGAAACACGACUAAUGUACCACGCUCAACUAGCCGGUGAAGAUGGUAAAAGCCCAAAACCAGGUCAAGAGUGGAAUGAUAUCGCACAAACCAUGGAAACUGUGACAAAAGAUGACUUGCGGAUGUCGUCGACGGAGAAAAUCGAGUUUGAUAGAGCCAACGAAGCAGCAGGUUAUAAUCAGAAGGCGUCAAUUUUGGAGACCACUGCUGGGGUUCUUAUGGCGCUCCCGAGGUUGGUAGUCAAUACUGCUCCUGUCGGCGUGGGUGUGUCGAUGCAUUGGGAUGCAAGCGUUAUGGGACAGCUCCUUAUGACAACCGCUGGGGUAUUAAAGCUUGUUGGACAGAUGAAAAUGGAUGAAAGCACGCGCGCUGCCCGGAAAGCUCAACUCAUGCGUCAGCUUCAAGAGCGACGACAGCAAGUAAAUGCAGCUGGACGAGACAUCGCCGUUAUCGACAAACAAAUUGCGGCGCAAAACAUUCGUAUCAAGAUAUGUGAAUCUGACCUGAACUUGCAGCAGAAGCAGAUUGAACACUCGAAAGAAUUGGAGACGUUCUAUCGCACAAAGUACACAAACGAAAAACUCUAUGCCUGGAUGGACAACGCCUUUUGCCGCAUCUUUCAGGAUACCUAUGAAAUGGCUUCGAGCAUGGCUCGAACCGCUCAGAGAGCUUGGAAAUUCGAGAGUCAACAAAACACUCAGUUCUUGAAGUCUACAGGGUAUUGGGAUCGAUCAAGAGACGGUAUGUUCUCCGCGAGAUAUUUAUAUCUUGACCUCAAGCGUAUGGAACAAGAGUUUAUCAACAAUUCAUAUCAUGAUUUCGAAAUCACGAAGUCAAUCUCACUGCGGCAAAUCAAUCCCUGGCAAUUGCUUUCUUUGAGGUACAAUCAUAUGGCGGAGAUCAAACUAGAUGAACUCUUAUUUGAUAUCGAUUUCCCCGGACAAUACCUCCGUCGCAUCAAAUCUGUGAGCGUUUCGAUCCCCUGUAUUGUUGGACCGUACACCAGCAUUAGCUGCACCCUGAAAAUGAACCGCAACGAGAUAAGGCUCGUCGCGGGAAAAUCUGAAAACGAUCAGCCCACACCAAUGAAAGUGGACGACCUGCCCAUCAACAGCAUCGCAGUAAGCCAUGGACAGUCGGACACUGGGAUGUUUGAUAUGAGUUUUGGUGGUAACAGCGACCGCUAUGGACCGUUCGAAGGUGCCGGUGUUAUCAGCGAAUGGGUACUCGAACUGCCAAGCCCUGUCCCCCAGUUUGACUAUACUUCUAUAACCGAUGUGAUUAUGCAAAUUCGUUACACAUCAAAGGCUGCAGAAGAGGCGUCGCAAAGUCAAGCCUCUGCUCGUGUGAGGCAAUACAUGAAAGAAGUCACUUCUGCCGGUGCAAACACCAGUUUGUUGGAUAUCAGGAACGAUUUUCCUAAUGAGUGGCGGCGAAUCACUCAAGUCGCACCUGGGUCGUCGGAAACGGCCGACGACGUCACCCUCAAUCUCACUGAGAUCCACAAGCGUCUUCCAUUCUGGACGAAGGGGCGCUCGGUCACAGCAACCAAAACGCAACUAGUUGUCACUACGGAAGAUGGUUCAUAUCCCGUUAUCACCCUCCAAGAUGGUCACACCUUUGAGGACGGCAGUGAGCAAUUGAGUGGGGCACAAGUCUUGGUAAAUUCGACUUCUAUGGCUAUAAACAACGACUGGACGCUUCGUAUCCAGAAGAAAGUAGGAAAUGGGAGGCUCAAUGGGAUGUUCAUGAUAUUGAGUUAUGUUGUGUCCGGAUCAGGCGUUUAG